UGUCUCGUCUACAAUUGUAAAACAGGUUCCUUCCGUUUCCACUUCUCAGAGUUGCAUAUAGAUAAACGUUGACUAAUGUAAGUGAUGUGUCAUUGUGGUGUGUAAGCACCACAUCCGCCGGUAGAAUAACUUCGUUUCCUCAGUUUUCUUACAGAUACGGCGACUCGAACACGUGAAACCUUCGAAGACAUUGUCCAAGAUGCUUCGGACACGUGCGAGUUUAACGCAUUUUCGCGUACAGAUUCUAAUUUUCGUUCUGGCAAUCCUGCAACACAAUCCGUUGGCGUACAAUAUUAAUUCACUCGACGCCGAGAUAUUUAGGGAUCCUAUGCACGAGUCGGGUGCACGUGAAAGUUACUUUGGAUUCUCGGUAGCUCUGUACGUGGGUGCGAACGAAACUUUAUUACUCGUCGGAGCCCCACGAGCGAAUUCCAGCGCACUGCCGAACGUGAUGGAGCCGGGAACGGUCUUCAAGUGCGCGAUGAAUGGUGUAUGCAAAGAGUGGGUGGUGGAUAAAACUGGAAACGGUCGCGUGUCCUCGCAUCCUCCUGAAAAAUUCGUUAAUCAGAUAAAGGAUAAUGCUUGGAUCGGUGCUACCAUUGCCGUGCAGAACAAAACGGAGGCCAGAGUUGUAGUUUGCGGACCGCGAUGGAUAAAUAAUAUUAUAAAGGACAACUGGCUGAAUUGGAACAUGAACGGUAUUUGCUACACGACACUGGCUAGAAAUGCUGGUGCAUUUAAGAGAGAAGCGGAGGAGCGUUUGUUACCACUUUCGAACCCUGCAGAUGACAUCACAUCCAAGAACAAAAUAAACAUUUAUAAUUACGCGAUGGGACAAACCGGCUUCUCUCUGCACAUGAACUCGCGACAUGAAGUAAAUAUUGUAAUGGGCAGUCCAGGUGUAUACAAUUGGAAAGGCGACGCGAUAUUAACGUCGAUGAACGAUUCAUUUUCGCGCACGGUAAUUCCCUCGCUCGCUAGAGAGCAACGGGUUCAUAGUUACAAUUAUUUCGGAUACGCUAUCACGUCGGGUACUUACUUCAAUGAGCAAGACGUUUGGUAUGCUUCCAGUGUGCCACACGCCAACUUGUACGGAAAAGUCCUCGUAUUUACCUUUCCUCCUAAAACCAAUCAGCGUAUGUUUAUUAAAACAUUAGUGUACGGUAAACAAUACGGUGAAUACUUCGGUGCCGCACUAACGUCAUGCGACGUUAACAAUGACGGUAGACAGGAGUUAAUCGUCGGUGCACCGCAAUGGUCCAGGGACAUGGACGAAGGUCUUAUCUACAUCUUUACAGCGCGACACAACAGCGAUUUUGAAGAACUGCAGACGAUCGAAGGCGAGAUCGUCGGAGGUAGAUUCGGGUCUACCGUGAUGUGUCUAGGUGACAUCGAUUACGAUGGAUACGGCGACAUCGCCGUGGGUGCACCCUACGAGGAAGAGAGUGGCGGUGCGGUGUACAUAUUCAACGGGAAUAGAGACGGCGUUUCCCGGAAAUAUAGUCAGAGACUGAUCGGCUCGCGAUUUUCGCCGACGAUGCGGGGGUUCGGUAUCUCCAUCUCGGAACCCCGAGACGUGAACCGCGACAAUCAUUCCGACGUCGCUGUGGGUGCCUAUCUGUCCGGCGAGGUGGUCCUGCUGAGAUCCGUGCCAGUUGUCACAGUGAACGUAACAUUGAUGUACCCGCAAAAGAUCAAAUUGUUGAGAAACACAACGUCCUUCGAGGUCGACGUCUGGAUGUCUUACGAUGGCAUAUACGUACCGGAGUAUCUGCAAGUCGCCAUAGUCCUGAAGAUCGACCCGUUGCACGGCAGGGCCAGGUAUCGGACGCAAAAAAGUAACGACGGACUACAGACUUACAGAUUGCGUUACAAGCUGUUUAAAGCUAUGAUUACAAGUAAUCUGCUUGAGAUACAUUUAACGGAGAAAAUUAAAAAUGUAAUAGACCCGCUUGAGAUAUCGGUGUCGAUGCAGCUGGAAGAUGAUCUUCGCGCGAGAAACGAAAGCUCGUGCGCAUCUUGCGUCGUGAUAAACAAGCUCCGCUCGAAGACUGAGGAUCUCCUAAAGCUGCCGUUCGCCGUGGACUGUGGCGAGGACGAUGUAUGCGUGUCUGAUCUCAGCGUGACGUUGUCCACUGACUUAACUCCGGGCAACAGGUACAUCAUCGGCUCUACGCCGAUAAUCAUUCUGCGUGUCGAUACUUACAAUCGUGGCGAACCGGCGUACCAGACCAGAGUGCGUAUCUUCACCGAGGGCUUAACGUUAAAGAGUAUCCCGCCCGACUGUACGGAGGAUCUUCGCACGAGCAGCGCGCUGGAUGUGAUCUGUGACAUCGGCAAUCCUCUUAGAACAAAUGAAACAUUAAUGUUGCAACUGGACAUGAGCAUGGUGAGAUAUGAUGUUAAAGAGGUGGAAAUACAAGCGAAUAUCACUACUCAAAGCGACGAGACAAAUUGGAAUGACAAUAAUUCCACUAUCACUAUAUACUUUGACGUGGACAUCGACAUAGCGAUCGCCGGGAAAGCAAAGGAGAACUUGUACUCGUACCUACGUGAGAACGAGAAGGAAUCAUUAAACGAUAUUAGAUUUCAACACUUCUACGAGGUGCAGAAAUUCGGCGCCAGUCCUAUCGAGGAGGCAAUAUUGACCGUGAAAAUUCCAAUGCACUUCCGCCGACACGGUGCCGAGGAUAUAGCGGUCGUCAAUAUCAACGAUACCAUAGGCAUAAUGGACGGACAUCAAUUUUAUUGCAGCUACUCGAAUCAAACUGAAGUACCUGCCGCGCUUAACAAGAUCGUAUCGACGGAUGAUGUAAUCGUGAUGAACUCGUCGAACAUCGCGAGCAAGAACACGCACGCGAAAUUUAGCAUAGAGGAAGACACGCCGAUGAACGUGCCGUCUGAAAACAGAACGCUCUUUAUUAAUUGCACAAGUAACGAGAUCGAAUGUGUACAAAUCACUUGUAGACUGGGUCCAUUCUUAAGUUCUCUGUCUGUCGCGAAAUUUUUGGUGACGUUGGAUCUGCAAUUGUCGAGGUUUUCCGCUGAUAUGCUGAAGCAAAAAGACAUCAUAUUUUACGUGACUGAAGGUAGCGUUACCAUAACGCAACCUGACAAUGUUUCUCAAAGGAAAGGUCAUAAACCGGAUGUCACGCUGGUUGCAACAACGUUUCUAGGGUCGCCAGUAGCUCAACAAGUAGCAAUAUGGAUAAUAGCACUGUCAAUUAUCCUAGGUGUCGCAUUGCUGAUAUUAUUAAUAUUAGGUUUAAUAAAGAUCGGAUUUUUCAACAGAAAGAAGAAGUUGGAACUCGAGGCGUUGAUAGCCGAGACUGACAAAAAGUAUAAUGUGGUACUGGAAACAACAUCUUCGACAGAAGCUCUUGAGCACGACUGAAUAUACACACAAAUAAAAUUUUUAGAGUAAGAUUUAAUUAAUUUUUAAUGUAUUUUUUAUUUAUGAUGCAUAUUUUUUUCAUUUACUAUGUAUAUCUCCUUAAGGCCAGUUUUAUAAAAUAAUAAAACGUUUUCAUACAAAUAUAACCACCAAAAAUAUUUACUUUGUUGUUAUAACUGUUAAUUGGAUCACGAAAGAUUUAGUGCCAAGUGAUGUGUCUUUGAUUUCUCUCCAUUGCUGUUUAAGAUGUGGAAUCUUUAAAAUCUUAAAAAAGCAGUCUUAGAACGAGUUUAAUUUUACUUAAUGCGAAAUUAACUCGUAUCAUAUGAGACUCACGUACGAUAUUGAGAGAUACUUGUUCGCAUUUGUAUCUGAUUUUGCAAAUCCAAUUUCAAAAAUUUGUUAACAGAUGUAUCGAGAGACGACCGAAAGCAUAGCAUAUUUCAACAAGAUUU